AUGCUGGAAUUUUUGGUUUUUGGAACUCUCGGGGCUCUGUGCUUGGCAGUGUCCAUCUUCCAGCUCUCCUUGGUCACCGUCAUUUUGCUGCUGUUUUUGCUGCUGAUCGCCCUCAGGGCCAUCAUCGGCUUUCCCGCCACCAUGCGAGGGGUAGCGGAGGGGGAGACCGCACCGGGGCAAGUACCUUGGCGGGUGUACCUGGAGGUGCUGCUGGGCACCAAGGCGUCCCGCUCGCAGGUUUCCGGUGAGGGCACGCCGCGCUUUCAGUUGUGCGCAAUGCCUGUGAACCACUUCGGCGAAAAGGUCCGCUUUUGCUUGGACCUCUUGGGGGUUCCGUAUGUCGAAGCCGACCGCUGCGGGCUGUUGAACGUUUUCCUCUUUGGGCAGUCGGUGCCGUACCUGGUGGAUCGACACAGCUGCAGCCGCAUCGGAAACUCCGAUGAAUGCUUGCGCUACCUCUUUGCCAUCUACAGCCCCAGAAAUGCCGCUGCUGAUCGGCUGCUGAAGCAAAAUGAGGACACCGUGAAGUGGGAGAAGGACCUGAACAAGUUGGGCCAUGCCAUCCAGGGCUAUGCGUAUUUCUUUCUGCUUGGCGCCUCAGGCUCCAGGACCUCCGCUUUGACUGCCUGGGGCGGAUUUGAGCCUCUUUGCCCCUUCUACCAGCGGUGCCUUCUUUGCUGGCUCUUCCCUGUCUUCAAGUUCUUCAUGAGGAAUGCCUUCAAGCUGCACGACGAGCAGCGCAAUUUGCCACGCCUGGAGUUCAUCGAGAAGCUUCUGGACCGCGUGGAUGCAGCGGUGGGGCCAGAGGGUUUGGGGUACAUUGUGGGGGACCACCUGACCUAUGUGGACAUCAGCUUCGUGGCGUUGAUGGGGCCCAUGAUGCCAUCCAGGAUUUGCCUCAAGGAGGGCAGCCCUUGGGCACGGAACCGCUUUAAGUCCUUCUCGUCCUCGUCCGGGGUGGGCAUUCUGGACGAAUACCCACAGCAGCUGAGGGACUUUGAGGAGAAGACUGCACGGAGGCCCACCGGCAAGUUCGUGUGUCGGAUCUUUGAGGAGUUCCGGUACAAGACUUUGUGA